CCUCCGGCCUGGCGGGCAGAGGCCAGGUGUCCUGGAAUAAGUGCGGCCCGGGAGGAGACUGGCUGCCCGGCGGCAGGCAGAAGGUCUGCGAACAAAUGGGGUCAGACGUCCGGGACCUGAACGCGCUGCUGCCCUCCGUACCCUCCCUACCAGGCAACAGCAACUGCGCCAUGCCGGUGAGCAGCGCUGCACAGUGGGCUCCCGUCCUGGACUUCCCCCCGGGGGCCUCCUACGGCUCGCUGGGGCCGCACUCCUUCAUCAAGCAGGAACCCAGCUGGAACGGGUCGGACCCGCAUGAGGAGCAGUAUCUGAGCGCUUUCACCGUCCACUUCUCUGGGCAGUUCACGGGCACGGCUGGGGCCUGCCGCUACGGGCCCUUUGGCGCCCCGCCGCCCAGCCAGCCGCCCUCCGGCCAGGCCAGGAUGUUCCCCAACGGGCCCUACCUGCCCAACUGCCUGGAGAGCCAGCAAGCCAUCCGCAACCAGGGUUACGGCACCGUGGCCUUCGACGGGACUCCGAGUUACGGCCACACGCCGUCUCACCACGCCGCGCAGUUUACGAACCACUCUUUCAAACACGAGGACCCCAUGAGCCAGCAGCCAUCUCUAGGGGACCAGCAGUACUCGGUGCCCCCUCCGGUGUACGGCUGUCACACCCCCACGGACAGCUGCACGGGCAGCCAGGCCCUGCUCCUGCGGACCCCCUACAACAGUGACAAUUUAUACCAAAUGACAUCACAGCUGGAAUGCAUGACGUGGAACCAGAUGAACUUGGGAUCCACGCUGAAGGGCCAUACGACAGGAUAUGAAAAUGAGAACCACAGCGCUCCCAUGUUAUACAGCUGUGGGGCCCAAUACAGAAUACACACCCAUGGAGUUUUUAGAGGCAUACAAGACGUGCGACGAGUGCCAGGCGUGGCUCCGACCAUCGUGCGAUCAGCAAGCGAGACAAACGAGAAACGUCCUUUCAUGUGCGCAUACCCCGGCUGUAACAAGCGAUACUUCAAGCUGUCCCAUUUACAGAUGCACAGCAGGAAGCACACUGGUGAAAAACCAUAUCAGUGUGAUUUUAAGGACUGCGAACGAAGAUUUUCUCGUUCAGACCAACUCAAACGGCACCAAAGACGACACACAGGUGUGAAACCCUUCCAGUGUAAAACCUGUCAGAGAAAGUUCUCCAGAUCUGAUCACCUGAAGACUCAUACCAGGACUCAUACAGCUAUAGUGAAAUGAACAUCAUGGCCUCAGCCCACAAAUGUCAACUCCAUCUAUUGUGUUCCCUGAAAAAAACUACAAGAAAGAAAUUUUAAUUCCAGCUCCAGCUGAAGGUCUGUAAUCUAAAGCAUUCAUGCCUACCUGUGCUUCUCCUAAGUGUCACUUGAGCCUAAUGCAGUGUAGCACGGCAAAGAUCUUGCUGCUGCUGCUUUGUAAUCUCUCCAGAAGAUGAAAGGAGUGCCUCUUGCAAAUUCAUAUGGACAGACACUGAAGUAAAAGCUUACUCAGAUAUUGAAGGACCUUUGUGCAGAAACUAUAUUUCAUAGCAGUACAUGGAAAAAAAAAAACACAGGCAUUUUAGUCUACUUUGCCCUCAAGUAAAUAUAAACACCAUUAAGAAGCAACUGCAAUGUCAUCUGUAUUGUAAGCUUUAGAAUUAUUCUUGUGAACUGACACUUUCUGUUCCCUUCCAUUACAUAGGCAGUAUUUUUAUGAAGUAGUUGUUUACCAAGCAUUUUGUCAUGUCAUUAGACAUCACAGUAUUUGCCAUACUGAGUUCAACCUUUUAGAUUCAGUUUCUCUACUGAAUGACAAGGAGCUUGAAAAUCCUUUUUCCUCUGCUAAGGAUUCUUUCUUCUCUUCAUGAUCAUAAAAACACAUAUUAAAGACUUUCAAAAAUAAAUAAGAAAUUUUCAUAAAGGAAGCAAUUCAUCUAAGAAUAAUGGCAUUUUCUGUGGCACCAACUAGAUAAGUGCAUCAAGCAGUGGCAAUAUCAGCAUUUGCAACUUGCAGAAGCUUUGUAGCUCAUGAUGAACUGUAGGACCUGGGUUUGGUGCAUGUGCACGAAGAAAGAUACUUUCUUAAUCAUCAAGAGGUAACGUUCUCAUGGAGACAAGAUGGCAAGUGGUUGCCACAUGUUAGCAAGUUAGGAGAAACUACAUUCCCCUUCACAUUUUACCACUAGCCGAUCUGCUAAUUCAGGGAAAGACUCCAUACUUUCCUGACUUCAGUAAUUUUUUUAGCCUAAGCCAGCUAAAUCAGUGAAGAAUCACUUUCUCUAGUGAAACUGAUCUCCCCGUUUUAGUUCUUCCUUGCUCCACGCAAUCCAAGCCCGCGCUUCCCUUGUUGCUAAAAGCAGCCCUUGGGUGCUGGUGGCCUCAUAGCCCCUCUCGCUGAGGUUCUGCGUGAGCUCUGCAGCCCAGUUGCUCCUGCUGUGAUGACGCUCCCAUCGGCAGCUGGAUGUUGUGCUCUUCUGACUGUAAAACGCACAUAACCUGAGAGGAACAAGCAUGAGUGAUGGCUGGCAAUUCUUCAUGUCCAUCUUGCCCUGUAGCUUCAUUCCUUUCUUUUCAUGUUCUCUAACUCUUACAACAAAAUAAUUAACUUGUUAACUUGUUCCAUGUUAAAUUUUGAUGAAGCGUAGUGCAAGUGACUUUUAUCUGUUGUGGGAUUAAAUGUAAGUCAGUUCUUAAACUAUUUGCUCUCUUGUCUCCGCAAGCAAGUUUACUGUAAAAGCAAUCUUAGCUGUAAAAAAGCAACAGAAGAAUCCAAAACAAAAGCUCCACACAUCCAUAUACAUUUUUAGCAAUCAAAAAGUGACUUCUGGAACCUGUACAGGGAAGCUGUAAGGUAGUUUGUGCCCAGCCCAGAACUAAUAGGUGUUGUCCCUGUCAUGAGUGGACAGUCACACUGCUUGUGAAACAGCAAAACUGCAUGCUGCUUUUGUGGUGGUGCUUUGGUGAAAAUCUCCACAGCUCACAUCAGGUCGCAGGAUGAUAUUGCAAAUGCAGCUGAGGUGAAAGAAGACCACCUGAUACAAUCUGUGAUUUUUAUCAGUAGCUCUGGCAGCUUUGUUCUAUACUGUUUUAUGCACUCGUGAGAUGGUUGAUGCUUUUGCCAGCAUAUAUGUGACGUGGAUAAAAUAGAUUUUACGUAGAUUCCCCUGCUUUAUGUGAUCUGUCUAUCUCAUGGGAUUUUGCAAACAGAAAUACACAACUUUGGUGCCACUCCCAGAUUCCCAGAUUUUUGCCUGAAUUUGGAUGUAUGUGAAAUGUACAAAGUGUGAGGCAAAGAAGAGAAGAAGAUGGUUGGAUGAGCUUGAACUACCUAGCCCAGGUGUCCUGAGAUGGAGAGUACGAGGUGUGUAAGAUGGCAUGGAAGAGUCCUGUCCCAGAGCUGAACCUGCUAUAAAAUGCUGCAUCUAUCUUGAGCUGGGGGGAAGAAAAGGCAAGCCUAAAAGAAACAGGAGUCACCGGGCACUGCUCUGAGCUAAUGAAAGCAUUCCAGCAGCAUUCCUGCAGCAUCAGACACAAGGCCUGAAAUUCCACAUAAUGUUGUAGAAAAUCGAGACAGCAGAUUAAACUGUAAAAAGGUGAUGGCAUUUCUUGUCAAAGUUGCAACCACUUUGCUUGGGGUCAUUUUUAGUGGCUAUUAUUUAUACUCGUGGGAAUGUUAUUAAAAAUACUAGGUAUUGUGGUCCUUUAAAAUCUCCUGCAGGAAGGAAUCUAGACAGUAGUGGGAAACUUUCAGUCUGGUUCAGCAACUUCAUAUUGACUGACCACUCACCCUCACCACCCUCACCAUCACAGAAUAACUUUGGGCAAAACUUACUGAGCUCGCAGGAAAAAUUCUCCUUGACUAGAGGUCAAGCUCUAAAUAAUCACUGACAGUUCUCCUAAUGACUGAUAGUCAAAGGUGUGACCGAAACUUCUGUAGGUGCCAGAGUUACUUUUAAACCAGUUCAUCCAAGAAUUGAGAGUAACGUAUACGUGACACUAGGAUGUUCAGUAAGGGCCUGUCUUCAGGAAUGAUCCAUUGCAGAAUGCAGUGCCUCGCCUGCAAAGGCUGUGGCUAAACAGCAGCAGAGCGAUCUGUAAGAAAGCACUGGGUGCUGAGGUGAGCAGUUAUUGAGGGCACGGCCACAACCUCUGAGGAUGGCCCAGCACACCUUUCCUGGUGGAGAUCUGCCUAGCUUCUCACAACGCUACAGAAAGAGAAGGAACAGUGAUGUCCCAGGCGAGCUCUUCUACCCAGUUAAUAACAGGGUGUUUUGUUAACAGGUGAAAAGCCUUUCAGUUGCCGAUGGCCCAGCUGU